AUGCGACUGAAGGGACACCUGUUCAACAUCAUCGCCGUCUACGCCCCCACACUGAAUGCGCCUGAGGCAGAUAAGGAGCAAUUCUACGCUGACCUCCAGAGAGCAGUUGGAUGGGUCCCUGCCAGAGAUCUCCUUCUGGUAGCAGGGGACUGGAAUGCAUGCACAGGCCCCGCCGACCCAACCAACAGACAUGUGCUUGGACGUUUCGGUCUGGGGACACGCUGCAAAAAUGGAGACCGCCUUGUUAACUUUGACUCGACGAGUCGCCUCGUGGUCUCCAACACCCGUUUCCAGCAUCCAAGGCGCCACCUCAUCACGUGGAGGUCUAAUGAUGGACACACGGCCAAUCAAAUCGACUACAUCCUGGUUUGGUCGCGAUGGGCAAGCUCGGUCCUCAAUUGCCGGGCAUUUAGAGGAGCCGAUACAGGAAGCGAGCACGGCUCAGACCAUGCCCUGGUUCGUGCAACUCUUCGCCUACGUCUCCAGGCCAGACGACCCAACGGACGACCAAAACGUCUAGAUGUCACUAAACUCAAAACGGCAGCAGGGACGAACUUCCGUAUCGACCUGCAAAAUCGUUUUGAGUUGCUCCAAGAGACCAUUGAUCAGCAGCCUGAGCGGGAGUGGCAGACCCUUAAGAAGGCUAUGGUGGAGGCAGCUCAUCUCCAUCUUGGCUUCACAAAACAUCGCCAACGUGACUGGAUGACAGGUGCAACGCUUGAGCUUGCCGAGAAUGCGAGAAGAGCGUGGAUUGCGAAAGCUCGAAACUAUCGCAUUCUUCGGCGCCAACUGAGGGAGGCCAUUAGGACCGAGAGCAAUGCGCGCUGGAGCAAGGUAGCCGAGGAGGCCGAGAGAGCAUCUGCAUGUGGAGACACACGCAAACUCUACCAGCUACUGAAACAGGCUAAUCGGGGCGCCUAUUGGACAUGGCGACACGCUUCUUGCCGGAGAUGGAUCGAUCCUAACCGAAGUCGCUGA